AUGAAUCUUGACGCGCCCAAACCUGGGUCCAAGUCGGCCACCCGUGUCACCGGAGGCCCCCGCUGCCCACGCAAGGGACCCGUUAAGUUCAAGCAGAGGCAGACCCGUCAGUUCAAGAGCAAGCCUCCCAAGAAGGGAAUCCAGGGAUUUGGUGAUGAUAUCCCAGGAAUGGAGGGCUUAGGCACUGACAUCACUGUCAUUUGCCCAUGGGAGGCCUUUAACCACCUGGAGCUGAAUGAGCUGGCCAAGUAUGGUAUCAUCUGAGACUUCCCUGCAAUGUCCCUGCAAUCUCCUGAGGAUAACCGGCCACGCACUUCAAAUCAUCUGCCUCAGGAGCCGACUCGUAGAUUGAAACGGAAUUACUCUAAACCACCUACUGCAACAAACUGUAACGAACACAAAAAAUGGAAAAAGAGAAAAAAGAUCUAAAAAAAAAAACAAAACAACAACUUUCUGUCCUCUUUUAGAGUCUUCUUCUUCUUCUGAUUCUGCUGCUCACACACACAUAACAUCUGCUCCUGUUUAGCAUCUGUUGAUUUGAUCUUCACUAGAUCAGCACUGCAUCC